AUGUCCAAGAGGAAAGCCUCAGGCUCAGGCCUCAAGGCUUCUUUACGCAACUAUAAACGACCUCGCUACUGGUUGAGAGCUGGCGAUGGGCUCAAUUUCCCGAAGAAGUUCUGGACGAAGGCUGCCGUAGAAGUGCAGAAGAUCCACCAGGUUAGCCCUGCAAAGGAGGCCGAGCACUGCACUGGAAAAUGGGGGAGGCUGAGAACCACCUACCAAACUGUCAAAGCACUGUCAGAGCAGUCGGGCUUUCAUUGGGACGAUAUUGGCGGUGCAGGUAUCACAGUGGAGAGUGAGACAGUAUGGGCUGAGUAUUUAAAGAAGAACCCUGGUGUCAAGAUUUUUCGCAACAAGGGCUGGACCCAUUUCUCAGCAAUGGACGAUCUUAUGUGUGGCCGUUUUGCCAAGGGAGCAAACAUUUUUUGCUCUGCCCCCCCUUCUGUACCUGUACCAAAUAGCCCUCCUGUGUCUAGCAAUACCCCAUCAUCAUCUAUGUUUCCUCCCCCUGUAGCUAUUACCCCACAAACGCCUAGGAGCGUUAAUACCAACAUGCAUUCCCAUGAUGCCAACGUUAACCUCUGGCUAGGGGGUGUACCAUCUCCCAAAUCAAUGCCCGCUCCCUCAACUUUAUCAUCGACUACCUCCCGCGGGUCUUCUAGUAGCAAACAAAAGGAGCGUGACACAGAGUUGGAUGCCAAUGCAGAUGCAGAUGCCAUGUCGGUUGUCACUUGCAGCAAGAGUACAGGCAUAACUGUGCAUAGCCGCAGCUCUAAAACCCCUUGUGUGGCUGCCAAUGCAAUGACCGCCACUGCUCUGACGGGGUUGAAUGAUACGCUGGGCAGUUCUUCCGCUGUCAUACCAUCAUCCGCGCCAGGGACAUCCACCAUCACUCCUUCCUCUUUCAUCUCCCGCUACAACUUCGACAUUGCUAAACAGCCAUCCCAUAUACAGAGGGGUAUUGCCAUACAAGCACUGCAAGAGCUCAAUCAUGAGCUUGGGAUUCCCAAGCAGGUCAAACUACUGCAUAUAUUUGAGCGUGAAAUUGGGGCGGUGGAUACAUACUUGAAUAUGUUGCAUGCAACAGAUUUGCGUAGGGCGUGGAUCAGUUCUUUCACAAAGGUCUGA